AUGGAACCGCCGGCGAACUGGGCCACCGGAGAAGAUGCCCAGGCGGCCAGGUUGCCGUACCCGCGCACAUGUGCCGGACCACGUGGUCGCGGCGGCAGGGACAUGGCGGAGGAAGCUGAAGUUUCCUUUGGGGAUUCCGUAAUUCCAGUCCCGAAGUCGCAAUUUGUGGUGUGUUCCGCCGAUCAGGAUCCUGCCCUCAUUCCCACCCACGAGCACUACACCCGUCUUCAACGCCUCCGGGGUGUCAUGGGUCCUGACCAGAAGGCCCUACUGGCCGAGCUCGAUAAGCGUUUCGCCGCCCAGGAGAAGCGAUUCGAUGGUCUGGAGCGGAAGCUCGAUUCAACUGCGACAUCUUCUUCCACCUGUCUGGAUGCCUUGGAGUCUGCAGCCAAGGUGUUCGACGAAUGGCGCCCGGGGGUCGACGGCGUCAUCGACGACCUUCGCCUCGAAGUCAACAAGCUCGCAACUCUGAAGCUGGAAGUGGGGAAGAUCUCCAAGUACAUGGAACGCUCUAUGGUGGACGGCCCGUCCGCGACUCCCUGGGUGAUCGCGACAGCGCCCGCCACCAAGUCUGCCUCGCCUCGGCUCCUACGUCGCCCUGCGCCUCGCUCCGCGACGCCAAACCCGUCGUUACUCCGCACUUCAGAUCCGCUGGCUUCGGCUACCACUAUGCACUUUCAUGGUGCAGCCAAACGUUGGCUAUCUUCUGUUGAGGAUCAGCUUGCGACAAUCUCAUGGUCUGAAUUCUGUUCCCAAUUGCUUUUGCGCUUUGCCAGGGAUGAGCACGAGCUCCUGCUUCGUCGCUUGUUCCAGAUUCGGCAAACCGGCUCUGUCAAUGAAUACAUCGAUCAGUUUGUUGCUUUUGUAGAUGAUCUGAAAGCCUAUACCAAACACCCAGACCCACUCUACUAUACUCAACGUUUUCUUGAUGGCUUGCAUGAUGAAAUCAAAGCUGUUCUUCUGGUUCAACGUCCAUCUACUUUGGAUACUGCUUGUGUUCUUGCUCAAUUACAGGAAGAGGCGCUGGGACUCCACAAGAAGCCUAUUCGGCGUUUUGAUAUAUCCCCUGCAUAUAAGCCGGCGUGGCCUAGUGCCGUGGCGCUGCCUCCACCGCCACCGAAGCUUGCUAAUGGCGAGAGUAAGCGCCUGCCCCAAGCUCUGCCAACCUCGGCGGAAGACAAGUUCAAAGCCUUACGAGCCUCUCGCCAUGCCCAGGGUCUGUGCGUCCAGUGUGGCACAAAGUGGAGCCGUGAACACAAAUGUUCAGACAUGGUGCAAUUGCAUUUGGUGCAAGAAUUGAUGGAUAUAUUUCCGGAGUCUAAUGCAGCUGAGUGCUCUGAUGAUUCAUCACCUGACGAUCAGAUCAUGAUGCACCUCUCGGUGGCAGCGGCAGUGGGCUCAGCUUCCCCUAAGACAUUUAGCUUGUCUGGACACAUCCAAGGUCACCCUCUGUCUAUUUUGGUGGAUUCCGGUUCAUCUCAUACCUUCUUGAAUUCUACAUUGGCUCAGUCGCUCACCGGCAUCAAGGAACUUCCGUCCCCAGUUCAAGUGCAAUUUUAG